AUAAUUGCAAUACUAAAUACACAAAUACUGGCAAUUAUUGUUCUAUGAGAUGAGCUCUAGAAGGAAUGUUCACCUUAUAUUAUAAUUUAUUGGGAUAAGCUCUCCAUUAUUGUUCUGUAAGAUGAGCUCUAGAACGAAUGUCCUCCAUAUAUUAUAAUUUAUUAGGAUAAGCUCUUCUUCAACGCAUCAACAAUGGCGGAGGAAAAGCAGAGAGAGCUUCGUGUGGUCAUGAUUCCGUGGCUUGUCCACGGUCACAUAACGCCCUUCGUUGAGCUUGCCAAAAGCCUGGCCAGUAAUGGUCUUAAAAUCUUCUUCGUCUCAACCCCGCUAAAUAUUAGACGAAUUAAGCCGCAAAUAUGCGACGCACCGGGGAUAGAGCUGGUCGAAUUGGCCAUGCCCUCCGUGGAAGGGCUACCACCAGGUGUAGAAUCCACCGCAGAUGCUGCCAAGACAGGAGAAGCUCCACUCCUAAUACCUCUACUGAGAGCCGCCAUGGACCUUUUGGAGAAGCCCUUCGAAGCGCUGUUACGACAGCUCUCUCCAAACGUGGUGAUCCACGAUUUUGCACAACACUGGGUUCCUCCUGUGGCCAAUCCCAUUCCCGCCAUUUUCUUCUUCAUAAUGAGUAUAACCAGCUUCAGCUUUGGGGUAGGCCAGCUGGAGAUAUUACCGAGAAACCCAACUGCCCAGGAUCUGAUCGUCUCGCCACCCGGAUUCCCUUCACAGAUUAUUCAGCGCCGGUUAUUUGAAGCUGAGAGGUUCCUGAACCUAUAUCAGGAGCUCGCAGAUGGGCUUAGCAUUUCCGACCGCACCAAAAUCUGCUUAAGGGAGAGUUGGGCGAUCGCAUUCAAUACGUGUUUGGAGUUGGAAGGCGUGUACGUGGAGUAUUUGCAGAGGCUCAUGAAGCAGCCAGUUAUCCCUGUUGGAUUACUCAUGCCUAAACUCCCCUCACUCCCCGCUGAUGAUAUUUGCUUGAAGUGGCUCGACAGGCAGCCAGCUGCUUCAGUGGUGGUCUUGUCUUUUGGCAGCGAGUACGUUCUAACCCACCAAGAUCUCACCGCAAUUGCAAUGGGUAUGCUGGAGAGCAGCGUGUCUUUCCUCUGGGUUCUGCCUGCCGGAAACGAUUUGCUGCAAGGCUUCCAAGAUCAGAUAGGCAUCCUCCUCUUCAAAAAAAAUUGGUCAUCUAUAGUUCUAAUAAGUGUGCAUCACGAAGUAAUAUGUAAUAUGGUGAGCAGGAGCGGAGCAAUUGGUGAGAUAAAUGAUGAAGAGGGGGUUCUGUUUUCAUGGCCCCAUCCUUUGUUUCGUCCAUGGCAGUGGUUUCUGGGUGGAGGAUCACUUUCCUUUCUGGACAAGGGAUUGGUAGUGACAAAGUGGGCUCCACAAUUACAUAUUUUGAAUCACCCUUCUACAUGUGCCUUUGUCACUCAUUGCAGGUGGAAUUCAAUGACAGAAGGAUUAAGGUUUGGGGUGCCACUCAUAACUCUCCCAAUGCAAUAUGAGCAAGGGUUAAAUGCAAAGCUUGUACAAGAGCUUAAGGUGGGAGUGGAAGUGAGAAGAAAUGAAGAGGAUGGCUCUUUUACUAAGGAGGAUAUUAGUAAAGCAAUUAGAGUCUUAAUGAUAGAAGAAGAAGGGUCCCAAAUCAAAUCUAAUGUCACAAAGAUAAGUAGCAUGUUAACAAGCAAUAAUUUCGAAGUUACUGAAAGGAAUAUGAGGAACUUCAUUUCCAUGCUUAGAACCUUGAGCAAAUAAUUAGGCUAAUAGGCCUAAAUUUGUCUCUAAUUUCAUAGUAUUUUAAAAAUAUUUAGUUUUAAUAGUGUUUUAUUUUGUGGUUCUUAUUAUUUAGAGACUUUAGUGUGUCUUACGUUGAACUGUAUUGUAUUUGUUUGUAGUAGGAUUUA